AUGGCGAAUUUAUGUGACCAACUACGUACCUGCUUCAUAAGGAGAAACCAUGACGUUUACCAGGGCAAACAAUGGAGCUGCCUAAACAUUUGGCCAAUUUUAUGCUUGUUUCCAAGAACCUGUGUAACAAAUCCUGCAAAACCCAAUUUUUUACUCAUACUGGCUGAUGACCUUGGUAUUGAAGAUGCGGGUUGCUAUGGCAAUGAUAUAAUAAGGACCCCUAACAUUGAUAGCCUGGCAAAGGACGGAGUGAGACUUACUCAGCACAUUGCUGCAGCUGCUGUCUGUACUCCAAGUAGAGCAGCUUUCCUGACUGGCAGAUACCCCAUCAGAUCAGGCAUGGCAUCCAGCACUCCACUGCAGGUCCUCUUUUCGAAUGGGUGUUCUGAUGGGCUCUCAAAAAAUGAAACUAUUUAUUCCACCAGAAUACUGCACCAGAAAGGUUAUUUUACAGCACUUGUAGGGGAGUGGCAUAUGGGUGUGAACUGCAAAUCCCUCCAUGAUCACUGCCACCAUCCUUUAAAUCAUGGCUUUGAUUAUUUUAACGGCAUGCCUUUUACCCUUUUGAAUGAGUGUCAAGGCACAGAUGAUCCUGAACUGGCCAAGUCUUUGCAAGAUACAUAUUGGUUUUACACACAGAUGACCAUCCUUGCAGUGCUUACUCUUUUGAUUGGAAAACUUACCAAUUUAUUAUCAGUAAAAUGGAAAAUAAUCAUAUGUCUGGCCAUCUGUGGUCUCCUGUAUUUCAUCUCCUGGUUCUCCAGCUAUGGUUUCACCAAGUACUGGAACUGUAUCCUGAUGAGAAACCAUGAUAUCGCCAAACAACCGAUGAAUCUAGAAAAAACUACUUCUAAUACGUUGAAGGAGGCAGUUUCAUUCAUUGAAAGAAACAAGCAUAGACCAUUUCUUCUCUUUGUUUCCCUUUUACAUGUUCACACCCCUCUCAUUACCACAGAGAAGUUUCAGGGAAGAAGCAGACAUGGCCUAUAUGGAGAUAAUGUAGAGGGGAUGGACUGGAUGGUGGGCAGGCUUCUGUAUGUUAUUGACAAAGAAGGCUUGAAGAAUACCACAUUCAUUUAUUUUGCAUCUGAUCAUGGAGGAUCCUUAGAAGCUCACAGAGGAAAUGCUCAGUUGAGUGGAUGGAAUGGGAUCUAUAAAGGUGGAAAAGGAAUGGGAGGCUGGGAAGGAGGGAUCUGUGUCCCAGGAAUAGUUAGAUGGUCAGGAGUGCUGCCUGCAGGGACAGUUAUCAAUGAACUGACAAGCCUUAUGGACAUUUUCCCAACAGUGGUUCACCUCCUGGCUGGAGGGACAAUGCCUCAGGACAGGGUAAUUGAUGGGCGCACCUUGCUGCCUUUGCUGCGAGGGGCAGUUCAGCACCCCGGGCACAAGUUCAUGUUUCACUACGGCGGUGCAUUUCUGCAUGCAGCGCGGUGGCACCAAAAGGACA